GGGCCAUCGCAGAACACGGCAUACGGCUUCCAAAGCCCUGCGCAGCCAAGCCGACCGUCUGUGGGCGCAAGCUGUGGGUCUAGCAGUAUUCCUUUUGCCGCUCCUGGCAAUCGCGCUGUCAAUGUGGCUCGGAGUAGCACCUCUGGUGCUGUGGCAGCUCCUGAGCCGAAAACUUCUCGGACCUCGCGACUCAGUGUCGUGGUGCGGAAACGGCCAAUGAACAAGAGGGAGGUGCAGACGGCACAGCAAGAUGUCGUGAUGUGCAGGGAAAGUGCCGUCAUAGUGCGGGAGCCGAAACUGAAGGUUGAUCUCACGCGCUAUGUGGAGGAGCACAACUUCCUCUUUGAUCAAGCCUUCGACGAGACGGUGACCAAUGAGUCGUUAUACAGGUCUUGUGUGCAGCCCAUCAUCGAUGCA